UCUGCUCCUUGUAGGUUGCAAUUUAGUUAGUGGCCACAGAAUUGUUGGAAAUGGGUAGAAGGCCGUGCUGUGUAGAAGAGGGGCUGAAUAGAGGAUCAUGGUCUGCUAUCGAAGAUAUGAUACUCACUAGCUACAUUAAUCUCCAUGGAGAAGGGAAAUGGAGAGAGCUCCCUAAGAGAGCAGGUUUGAAACGUUGCGGAAAGAGUUGCAGGCUCCGAUGGUUGAAUUAUUUGAGGCCAGAUAUCAAGAGAGGAAAUAUUUCCAAGGAUGAAGAGGAUCUCAUCAUCAAGCUUCAUAGGCUUCUUGGUAACAGAUGGUCCCUCAUAGCCGGAAGGCUACCUGGACGAACGGAUAACGAAAUCAAAAACUACUGGAACACCAAACUGAGCAAAAAAAUUCAAGGCCAGACGCCAAAGAUACGGAUUAACGGAUCUGUCGAGAAGAAGGGUGCAAGCGAAUCCUCCAUUAGCUCAGAAACUCCUCCUGUAAUCAGAACGAAAGCCUCGAGAUGCACUAGGGUUUUUCUCCCACGGAAAGAAGGAAACGAGAUAACGAAGAAGAAUGGGGAGUCUUCUCGGGACUGCAGCAGGCCAUCCUCUUCAUUCCAACAAGUGGAUGAUGAUUCUUUGGAUAUGCUGGUGGGUUUUGACAUGAACGAGCUGCUUUUUAUGUCGGAUGAUCUGAACUCCAAUUGCUUACAGAUUUGCAGCGAUGGGAUUCGGGGAAGCAGUAAUUUGGUCACUGGAGAGGAUGGUUGGAAUAUCUCUUCUUGGUAUUUAGAUGAUCCCUUCUCAACUGAUACUGAUGUAAUGCUUCAGGGUGGUUCUGGUAAUGAAGCAAUACUUGAAAAUUGCAGUAUUGACACUCUUCAACCUGAUGAAGCUUUUGAGCUCAAGAUGCUGGCUUCUUUUCUCAGUUGAUUGCAUGGAUAGAGCAAUAAUAUCUUCCUACGAAACUGGAAAUAAAUUUCUUGGAACUGAA